GGAAAAAAGAAUGGCUGCCGAGGCGCCCCCCGUCCUUUCGCUCCAGCUGGUGGAAGAACCGAGACUGCUGAAGCUGAAAAAGAUGUUCAUAUCUAAAUUUAAAACAACACCCACAUUUUAUGUUCGAGCACCAGGGCGAGUCAACUUAAUAGGUGAACAUAUAGAUUACUGCGGCUAUGCUGUACUCCCGAUGGCCAUAGACCAAGACAUACUUAUAGCAGCUGAACCUCUAAACAGCCCAGUCCUCAAUUUAGCUAAUACAGAGCCCUCAUACUCGGAUUUCAGUACAGAUGCCAAAAACAUCCAAAUAAAGCAAACGAAACCUUUAUGGCACAACUAUUUUCUCUGUGGGUUCAAAGGAAUACAGGAUCACUUCAGUCUGGGGAACCCGAGUGGAAUUAACUGCCUCGUAGAAGGGACAAUUCCUCCAAGUUCCGGCUUGUCAAGCUCCAGUGCUUUGGUCUGUUGUGCGGGACUCGUGACCCUCACGGCAAACGGCAAGACACUUUCAAAGGUGGAAUUGGCUGACCUGUGCAGCAAGUGCGAACGCUACAUUGGCACCGAAGGAGGCGGCAUGGACCAGUCCAUCUGCUUUCUGGCAGAAAAAGGAACUGCAAAGCUGAUAGAAUUUAAUCCUCUGAAGGCAACGGACGUGAAGCUUCCAGGAGGAGCCGUUUUUGUGAUUGCAAACAGUUGCGUUGAAAUGAACAAGGCCGCCACUUCGCAUUUCAAUAUUAGGGUGAUGGAGUGUCGUCUGGCUACGAAGCUGCUAGCAAAAUCCAGAGGCCUAGACUGGAGAGCGGUGGCAAAACUCCAAGACGUGCAAGUCAAGCUGAAGCUAAGCUUGGAGGAAAUGCUGGCUGUGGUUGAAGAGGCCUUUCACCCUGAGCCUUACAGCAUAGAGGAAAUUGGGGGAAACCUGGGAAUUAACCCCACAGAGCUACGCACUCAGAUCCUUAGCCAGAACACACAAGAUGUGACCACCUUUAAGUUAUACCAGCGUGCCAAGCAUGUGUAUGCAGAAGCCGCCAGAGUUUUGGAAUUUCAGAAAAUCUGCAUGGAGGCACCUGAUGAUGCCAUCUCCUUGCUGGGAGAUUUAAUGAAUGGGAGCCAUGCCAGCUGCCGAGACUUGUACGAAUGCAGCUGCCCUGAACUAAAUCAGCUGGUGGACAUCUGUCUGCGGUUUGGAGCAGUUGGGUCACGCCUGACUGGGGCAGGAUGGGGUGGCUGCACUGUGUCGAUGGUCCCUGUGGACAAACUGGAGAGAUUCCUAGCAAAUGUGAAGGAGGCUUAUUACAGAAAUCGUGGCCAAAGGUUAGCCCUGGAAGAAAACAACCUCUUUGCUACCAAUCCUGGUGGAGGAGCUAUAAUUUUUCUUGAAGCCUGAAGGACAGCCACAUUUUUGGAGGACUUUGCAUGCCACAGUAAACAAUUCAUUUGGCUGUUUUUUAUUACAUU